AUGCAAGUCUCGCGCACUGCAUACCGCGCCUCGCUCCUCUUCCUCAACCCACUCCUCGCCCGGGCCUCACUCGCCAGUUGUCCCAGCGCCAACUCUCCAGCUUUGCGACACCUCACACCGUCCGCGCAGCUGCACUCCCUCCUCUUCCCACAGUGCAGCCCGACCUUCAACUUCAAACAACCAGAUCUCAUUCGCGAAGCACAUACAAUGGCCAUUCCAGACUCAGCCUCGAAUACGAACAAUCCAUCAAGAGAGACAAAGCCGGAGGAACAAACACAGGAACAAGCGCAAGCGGAUAGUACAGGCGAACACCUCUACCUCCCAGCCAGCUCCGGCAACGAGAAUAAUGAAAAAGGGAAUGGGGAAGGACAACAACACCGCCUCAGCCUAAAUGACGACGCUGGCUCCACCGUCACGCUUGACCACCUAGGUCCGAUGGUUGUGAACACGGAUGGGACGCUCUCGCGCAUUAGCAAUUGGGAGCAUAUGACGGAGAUUGAGAAGAAGAAUACGAUGCGGAUUUUGGGGAAGAGGAAUAAGCAGCGGCUUGAGGCCGUGAAAGCUGCUGAACAGGGUGGGAAGUAA